GUAAGUUGGUUGCGUGUGUUUCACCGUUCCCGGAAGGCUUCAUCUGACUUUCCCUGUUCUCAGAACAUUUUGGAGACCUAUGGUCGAGUUCGUUCCCUUCGAAGCUUCAACUAUGGCAAUCACACUUCAUAUGCCGUUGAGUUCUUCGACACUCGUGUUGCUCGCAGUGCAUUCGAGGGCCUGCACGAUGUCGUCAUCCAGGUAUGCCAGAGCACUUCAUGCUGUUACCCUCACCGGUCCGAACUAACGUACAUAUCUCCAUAGGACCAUCCGAUACACGUUGCUUUUCCCCGCUUUAUACCUGUGGGCCCCGGCAGCUCAUCCCUUCCAAGCGCUGACCGCCCUAUGCACCUACCCAUUUUGGACAAUAAUGAGCAGAACAUCGGUCUGAGACGCAACGCUAGCUCUGUCUCCGUCUCAAACAUGCACAGCGAGAUGGCUCACCACCAUAGAAGCAACAGCUCGAUGGAGGAGCUGCAUUACGGCAUGGCGGGCAAACCACGCGUGUGGCAACCUUUGAAGCACCGAGGCCUUAAAAUUGACACGUCUUCGUCUCUGAUGCGCCCGAGCCCUCUGCGUCGCGCAGCAUCCGAGAACUGCGUUACGGCUUCCCUCGCCAGGGAGCUCGAGCAUUCCAUGCAUGCCGACAUGAGCCAAAUGUCGGCACACAACGGGUUCCCUAAUGGCCGCGCUCGAUUUGCAGCUUCUCCCACCAGGCUGGCGAUGCCGAAGUUCCGCAUUGGGAGCCCGGGACCUCGCUCACCCGUCACGGAAGUUCCUUCACCGUUGCACCCUGUCCCUCCACCCAAUGAGCACUCCAUUCCUGCUGCAAAUGAGUUGAACUUGUAUAACAUUGCCAUGGGAUAUGAUACCCGCACGACCUUUAUGAUCCGCAAUAUUCCUAACAAAUAUACCCAGGAAAUGUUGAUUGCAUUUUUGAAUCGGACUCACAAGGGCCAAUUUGAUUUCUUGUACCUGCGAAUGGACUUUAAGAACCGAUGCAACGUCGGUUAUGCUUUCAUCAACUUCAACGGCUCGGCAGCUGUCCUUUCGUUCGCUGAAAGGGUUGUUGGCAAGAAAUGGUCGAAGUUUAACAGCGACAAAGUGUGCACCUUAAGCUACGCGAACAUACAAGGCAGGAACGCCUUGAUCCAGAAGUUCAGGAACUCGAGUGUGAUGUUGGAAGCCCACGACUGGCGCCCGAAGAUUUUCCUCACUGAGGGCCCAUGCGCCGGGGAAGAGGAGCCCUUCCCCCCGCCGACGAUGGCCAUCCGCCCUCGUUCCGACGUUCUCUUCAGCCGCGACAACGCCGGUCUCCCUCACCGCGGCAACUCGGUCAACGAAGGCCGUGGCUCUCCUCGCAAAGUCUCGUUCGACGACUUCGACGGGCAAGUAGGCCAGUGGCCCAAGCCUUCCCGGGGCGACCAAACCUGCGAUUCGCCGGUCAGCCGAAGUCAGUCGCGCUCGUCCCUCAACAGCGCGUCCAUCGAUGACCUCGACUUCUCCAAGCUCACCCUCGGAGAUGACAUCGUCCCUUCGGUGGUUGGCAACGAGAAAGAGAACGGCUCUCUCCAAGCACCUCCCCAAUGGGGUGACCAGCCGCUUGCGGGAAACAUGUCCCUCCCUGGGAUCGUUGACGGCGUAUCUCACCAGCAGAUGGCAGCAAGCUGGGCUUUGUCGUAAGGCCGACGGCAUCGUAUAGUUGAGACGGGUUGGCCGUGAGGGGAGCCAUCUCGCCCACUCGUUUCUGACCCGCCCAACACUUCCUCGGAGACAACCCCCAACUGGCCAUUUGGGAUUUUUGCUUCCACCCUGUCUCCUCCCCAUUUUGCCAACCCCUUCAUUUGUUUGCAUAUAGCGAUUCAAUCGAAUUUCGUUUCUAUCUUUCUUAUUCAUUUUUAUCUUCAUUCUCUUAUAUAGUCUCCCAUUUUUGCGACCCCUUUUCCUCCCACAAUUCCCCUCCCGACUUUGGGGAGUCUCUUCUCUGUACUUGCUCUGUGUGAUUUGGCGUGCGGUAGCUUGUGAUCUGCUUCUUGAUGGACGAGGGACUGUACUUGUGAAUACAUAUAUUCUUUUUGCGAAUCCAGCGAAACUUGCCAUCGUCG